AGAUGACGAUGACAACGAAGAUGACAACGAAGAUGAUGACGACAACGACGAAGAGAAAGAAUCAGACGAGAAAACUCCUGAAAGCAAAAGAAAAUCUCAAAUAAAAGAAUCGUGGACGGCUUUAUUUAAUCGAAAACCUUUCAACUUGAUUUUUGAUUUUAACGAUUCUCAAGAUGACGAAGAUGCAGUUAAUUUAGAAGAUAGCGAAGAAGACGAGAUCAACUAUCGAAGAUUAUUGAAGGAAGAACAAGAACAUGAGCGUGAACACACUGAACAGCUGAUCAAACAAACAUCCGAAGAAGAAGCUGUGAAAACUGAAACGACAACCGAAACACCAAAGCAACCAUCAUCGAAACCAGUUGUUAAAAAGAAAUCUAAAGAAGAAGCUCACUUAGCUCAGAAACAAUUCGAGAAGCUUCUUUUAAAUCUUCCAUCGUUCGUUCCCGAUUAUUCGAAAGUUAAAAAUCCUGAAUGCCAAAAGCAAGGCGAAGUUUUUCAAAGACAACUUCGUGGUCAGCGCAUUUGGGCACUGCAAAUGAUGGAUGCGAACGCUAAAAUUCCUUCUGGAUUAAUGAGGGGAAACACAAAUCAACUUGGUGACUUUGAUUUAUGCACAAAAAUCUCGCAAAAGAUUAAAAUCUCCGAAAGUAACAACAUGAAGAUGAAAGGGAAAUAUUGCUUAGCAAACAUUGAUGUCGUGGCGGCAGCUGAUCAAUUGAAACUGCCAGUUCAUUUGAUUCAGGGCAGAAACUUCAUAAGAAGUACAAUCAAUGACCCAAACCACUUUUUCCCUCGUUACUCAACCAUCAAUUGGGGACUUUGUUUGCCAUCGGCAUGCACAUACCACGAUGCUGAUCAAAUUUUAGAUUCACUUCUUCUCCUUAUUGUCGCAGCAACAUUUCUCGCAACAAUGAACGACUAUUUGGAUUCUCCAAUUUUUUCAUCAAUUCUCACUGGAAAGUCAAACAAUGACGAAGAUGUAAAAAAACGCGACGAAAGCAAACAAGUUGAAGUUAAAAAUGGAUUCGCGAAUCAGAUUUUAAAAUGCUUUUCAGUUAAGCGAAAUCUUACGUAUUUGUUGACUGCUUCCGAUGAUGACAUCAAAUGCUUGCAUGGAUUAAAAGCUUUGUCAAUUGUUUUACUGAUAAUUUCUUUGAAAUUGAUUCCAAUGGGUCGAGUGCCAUACUCGAAUCGUAACAAACUUACGGAGUUCUUCAACUCACCGUUCUCGGUAUUUAUAAGAACUUCGUUCUUGUAUGAAGAUGUCUUCUUCCUGAUCAGUGGACUUCUAACAACCUUCAGCAUUUUAAAGAUUAUUUCAUGCGAUAAAAAGAGUUUGUGGUUUAGAAAAGUGCUGAUGAGAGUCUUAAGACUUGUCUUGCCACUCAUCGUCGUGCUCUUGUUUUAUGCUUUCGUCUGGGAACAUCUCGGAACUGGUCCACAAUGGUCAGCUGUUGUUGAUAAAAAUGCUGACUUAUGUAAAAGCAACAUGUGGAAGAAUUUCUUAUUUAUUCAGAAUUUCUAUAAUAUUGAAGACAUGUGCGCCACCCACACAUAUCACUUAGCAGUUGACAUGCAACUGAUGAUAUUGUCACCUUUUCUGAUAUUCUUCAUUUAUAAACAUCCAAGUUUUGGCCUUGGACUUUACGGUAUUCUGCACGCACUUUCGGCAGCCGCUCGCUUCUCAUCGACUGUUGACAAUCGUCUUUCUGUUGUGGUUUUCCAUGGGAUGAAACUCAGUCAACUUUAUCGAACAUUCAACAUUACAUUUUCGGUUGCACUUCAUCGACUUACGCCAUAUUUAAGUGGAAUUUCUUUGGGAAUUCUAAUUAAAGAAUAUGGACGAGUGAAGCUUCCAUUUGGCGUUGCUAUUAGUGGAUGGAUUUCGACACUGUGUGGAUUCAUUUGGUGCUUCUAUACGCCAUCAAAUCUCUCACACAAAGAUUAUCAAUAUGACCCGACAACUGCCGCACAAUAUUCGGCAAUGUCGCCAAUGAUUUGGUCAAUCUCAAUUGCUUGGAUCAUCUUUGCAUGCUACUCAGAUGCAAGUUGGAAGUUGAAUGACAUUUUAAGUUCACGUCCAAUGAUCUUUCUAAGCAGAAUCUCAUACUCGCUUUAUCUCGUCGUCUUUCUUGUGUUCUUUUACUUCAGUGGAAGUCACAAAAGUAGUGAAGAAUUUUACAUUUCGUCUUAUAUUGAUCGCUUGGAGUUGUUCAUUGUGUUCACUGCAGCGAUUUGUUUUACUUUAUGUGUAGAUUUGCCAUUCAAAAAUAUCACAAAACUUCUUUUCGAUUGUGAACAUCAUGAAAAGGAACCGACGUCAGCAAACCAAGAAUCUUCAGAAGUUGAUUUUGAAAGUCCAUUUGCAGAUGACGAAGACGAUUUUGUCUUUCGACGAACAAAGUUGAAACAUGAAGAUAAUAGCAAGAUUAAUACAAAUGGCGAGCACUUGAAUGGAAGCAUUGAGAAUGAGACUGAAGAAGAAAAGCCAAGAAAAUCAUCAAAAUUUGAGAAUAAUAUGAACGCGAGACGCUGGAAAUGGGAAAUUCUUGACGAAUAA